GGCGUUGACGGCGGCGGCGGCGAGCUAAACAGUCGUCUCGCGGUAUCUAACUCGGUGUGCCCGCCCGUUGCACGAGUACGUGUGUGGUGUCUUUUCGUUCACGUGCCACCGACAGGAAGUUCGUGAAAAACGACGCGGAAUCAACGGCAAGGUCGAUCGUACAUUAUUCGUACCUUAUAAUAAUAUGCUCCCGUCGAAUCGUCGAUCGUGAUUUCGCACACACCAUAUUCAUCCCUCCACGUUAUAUUAUUUCCAUUAGAUCGUCGCCACCAUGUGGUCCGUCUCGCGACAAACACUCAGACUCAUACCUAAUAGUGGUUUUGCAUUGAACGUAUAGUUGCAAUCAGUAAUAUUAAAAAAAAAAAAAGUCACGACGUUUGUGUAGCAUCAAGUCGUACAGUUUUUGUGGAAUUUCCCCUCCCCCAAAUUCGUCGUCUUUUCUGUUUUCAAAACGAAUUUUCGACCAACGAAACCCAAAUCUCGGAUACGACGUUGAAACACAAAUGCAUGUGCAGGUUCAUGUGGAGUAACGUGAGUUGUCACUAUUCUUUCGCCAAAUUACACCGAAAAAAUAACACCAUCACGGCAAAUGCAUUGAGGUUUCCGACAAAGUUCUGUAACGUGGAACAUCUGCAGUGCGCAUAGAUGUGAGCCUAAAUUACGGAAGCUGGUCCAAUCUUCGGAGACAUGCGGCCGUAUACAUACGCAGUCGCAGUGGACUCGUGGAUCUCAAGGACUUUGUUGCUGAUCGUUGCAGUAGUCGUCAUCAGCAGUUCUGAUGUGCAAAAGGAUGGGCCAGAGCCAGAGUUUUUGAAUCCCAUGGAAAAUGUCACUGUCGCUUUGGGGCGGGAAGCGAUUUUGGUGUGUUCUGUGAAAAACAUCGGAGAACACAAAGUUGGCUGGUUAAAAGCAGAAGACCAAACCAUAUUAAGUUUACAUGAACGUGUGGUUACGGAAAACCGAAGGAUAGACAUAGAUGUGGAUAAUAAUACAUAUUGGAGACUAAAAAUUCGGCAAUUGCAAAGAUCCGACAAAGGAUGUUAUAUGUGUCAAAUAAACACGAAUGUUAUGAAGAAACAAAUUGGAUGUGUUGACGUAAAAGUUCCACCAGACAUAAAAGACGAAGAAACUAUAUCUGACAUCACUGUAAAGGAAGGAGAAAACGCUACGUUGGCAUGCAAGGCCAAAGGCAAUCCACUACCAAAAAUUACUUGGAAGCGAGAGGAUGGUCAUAAAAUAGCUAUAAAAAACAAAUCAAAAAAAACAAUGUUAUUGGAUAAGGUACGUGGAGAACCACUGUUGCUUAACAAAGUAGACCGCAGUCAGAUGGGACAUUAUUUGUGUAUAGCGUCCAACGAUGUACCACCGGCUGUUAGCAAGAGGAUCACGUUAAACGUUAACUUUUCUCCAGUAGUCUGGGUGACGAAUCAAAUGGUAAGCGCACCACUUAAUACACAUGUACGACUGGAGUGUUUUGUAGAGUCGUUUCCAAUUUCCGUCAAUUACUGGACUAACGAAAAAGGAGAAAUGAUUCCUCAAGGGCAAAAGUACUAUAUAGAAGAAGUUAAAACCAACUACAGAGUAAAUAUGUAUCUCAAUAUUCAGAAUUUGGAUUUAAACGAUCUGGGAACUUACGCAUGUUUAGCGACAAAUUCUAUGGGACACGCAAAUAACUCAGUACGAGUACACAAGAUAAUAAUGCCAACAACUGUUCCGACAACUACGUCCACAACGACUGCCGCCACCACUACCACAACCACAACGACGUUACCAUCUACCACAAGAAUGGUCGCUCCCUCGACAGUGAUACCAUCACCAGCAACAAAAAGGAAAAAUCAUAAAAUAUCAGGAGACCGAAAAUCUAGUGGGAAAACGGACGAUAAGACUGGUCUACGGAUAAAUGGCGUCGAAUCGGCGGGUGAGAUGGAGACUAAAAGCAGCAGCCACCGGGCAAGUCGCGGUUCUAGUCGAGUCCGCCGGUCAACGUUCAGCCAGUCGGUGAGCAUCGUGGCUGAGUUGGCAUUUCUGACAGCCGCCACAACCAGCUGGUCAACUGGUUGUCCAGUAGACGCGGCCGUAGGUGGCCUCGUGUCACUGGCGCUAGCUGUUUCGCCGCCACUAGUCCUAUGGCUUUUGAACUGAAUCUCGCAAGGAGAUCUACACAACUGAUGACAGCCACACACAACGGAGGCGUACUCGGGGCGUGUGUUGAAAGAAAUCCGAUAGGAUUUUAUGUAAUUAAAUUUUUGUAAACGUUUUUUAUUUUUAUUUUUUUCAUUGCCUUUCCCUAAACCAUAGACAAUUACUGUAUAUUACUCCACUGGCCAUUUAAUCGAUGUCAUCACAUUAAUGUGACAGCUGAAUACCUAUACCCGCGGUACAUGUGGUUACCUCACCCGCAAACUAACCAAUAAUAAUUAUACUAAUAAUUACUGCGGUUGUAUUGGCGCGCGAAUGAAAACGAAAAUUACAUGAUCGCUGAUACGUACAUACACAAAUAUCCUAAUUUUCCAUCUAACAAGAUUGAAUCAUUAUCAUUCCGUUUAAAGAACAUUUUUUAACUAUCUACAUUCUACAUAAUAUUUGCUAAUUUGAUUUAUACAAUGCAAUCAGACAGAUUUCUAUAACCCUGUUGAUCGACCUAAAAAUAUAUUUUAUAAUAACAUUACCGAUUGUUAUCAUUUGAAACAUAAAAAUAAUUAAUUAAGAAGUCUGGUAGUCAUUUAUUUGGUCAAUUUCAAAUAAAUCCAUAUAAUAACGAGUUAACUUGCCCUCUUGAUUUUUUUUUAAUAAGCUUUUUUGAAACUUGUCGUUCAAUCUAAAGAUAAUAAAAUACGAAAAUGUUAUUAUAUAACCUAUACCCGAGAUCGUUCGUUACGGACUAAUUUGUUACGCAUUGUUCCCUAUCAAAACUGAAACCUUUUCAACAAUUUAUCGAUAUAGAUACUGGUUUGAUAACUUUGAAAACUUGUUUAUCAUGCUAUUCGUCAAACAUAACUUUUUUUUUUGUAAUUGGAACGAUUGAAAUUUUUAAGUGACCCCUGUUAUUUUUGUUUUGUAUGUUUCAUCAUAUUUGCUGAUUCAUAGUGAUGAUUCAAUAUAAACCUUUGAUAAUACUAACAAAAACUUACGCGCAAAAAAUUUUUGUAACGAUUGAGAAAUAAAACUGCUCAAAUAUAAUCGUAAAAAAGUGUUUAUUUUACGACAUGGUUAUUUUGUCUUUAAUUGAAUAACAUAAUUUUGUUUCAUAAUUACACCGAAUUUUAUUAUUCUCGUUUGCCAUUCCUUAACAAAUAUUCUUACUAAAAAUCUUAAAUGUUAAUCAAAUGUUUUCCUUAAGGUAGGAUCAAAAUUCAAAAUAUCUUAGAAGACUAUCAAAUGUAAUAGUUAAUUUGUUAUUGUCUUAAAUUUUUGAAAUGUACAAAAAUAUAAAUUUAAGAACUGUACCAUGUGUAAAUACCAUAUCAAUGUUAUACCUGUAUUGUUUAUUUAGCUGGAAGUUUAUUAAUAAUAAUUACUAUACAUGAACUAAAUAUAAUUUUUAAUACCUGAUUUACAUUAAAAUUUCACAUAAUAAACAAAUAAUGAAUAAAACUAUGUUAAUAAUAAUAAUAAUAAAAUAGUGUUAGUAAUUCCGUGAAAUAUGUUAUAUUAUAUAAUGUGUAUAAAGAAAUUGUUCUAGACAUAAUAUUAUGUAUGUGUUAUUUUUUUUAAAUAUAAAUAAAUAUAUACAGGUUGAUUUAUAGAAAUACAAA